AAAAUUUGAUCGCAUUUCGUUUUCGUGAUUGACGCCAUCCUCCCGUGUACAGUCGUGAACGUCCGUGAAAAUUGUUGCGAAAUUCGGUGCAAUCAGUGCAAAAACCGUAUAAUUGAUGCAGAAAUCCUUUUCGCUACUCCAUUAUUUUCAGUUGUUUUUGUUUUUGGUCCAAUUGGUGCCGCACUAAGCAUGAUGCAAUCGAAUUUUCACUGCGAUACAAGCAGCCAUCUGCAGCUACAGCAGCAGCGCAUUCAGUAGGGAGUUGCCUCAUUUCCGUACAGGAAAGGGCCGUGCUAGAAGUUAUUUCACUUUAUUCAUAUUCAAACAAUGGAACACAGCUAUUCUCGAGACUUUCGCGUCCCAAUGGAGAACAGCCAGACGGCUUCGACGCGGGCGCUGAUGGUGCAUCGUCCACCGCAGUGCCCGUCCUGCCACACCCACAGCCAUGACGAGCGGAUCGACCUGGAGGAAUCGUACAAUCCGCCGAUUCCGUCGUACAACGAGGAGAGCGCCAAAGUGGCGAUGAUGGAAAGCGAGAAUGUGACCAAACAGGUGCGCAAUCUCAACUUCGAGGACCUGGACUGGGAGGAGAAGAUUAACAAACCCGGAUGGUCCGUCCAGCAGAUUCGCCUAUUCAGUAAAAUAACAAAACUGCUGGACAUGGAUCGAUUGGCCCGUUUGACGAUCGCCGACAAACAGCACGAACCGGUGCACCGCCGAAUGGUCAUCGACAAAUCCGUUGGUCGCCUCCGCCAAGCACUGGCCAGUGUUUCAUGGGAACCCCGUUUAACCCAAUGGAUUCACGGGUUGCUCAUGGAGAGUCUUCCUCCGAGCUAUCUGGCUGCUUAUCUGGACAUUCUACAAACCUUAAAAGCGAAGCUUCCUACUCUGGUGGACAAAAUGAUCUUCGGGCGCCCGCUGAGCAUUCCCCAAGAACUCCUCGGGCCGGUGCUCAAAAAGCCCUGGGAACCGAUCGUAGCCCACAAGAACCGGAAACUUCCCGGCCAGCCGUACAUUGUGGUGGUGCCAUCCGGACCGAACAUGAAUGCGCCGAUCACCCGGCUGCAGAAGUGGUUCGCUCUCUUCGCCACAAUGGCCUCGGUCAUCCCGAUCAUUAUGCCUCCGCAGGGGAACACCGUGAUGAAACAAUCGAUCCAGAGCGUAUCGGAGCAGAUGGUAGCGGUAACCCGGGCCAAGAUCCAAGAAGUACGCCAAGAAGCCCCAAAUAGGCCGAUCAUUCUGGUGGGAUUCAACGCGGGAGCGGCGUUGGCCGUUCAGAUCGGUCUGGUCGAGGCGGUCAGCUGUAUCGUGUGCUUGGGAUUCGCCUACAAUACGGUGAAUGGGCCGAGGGGUGCACCGGACGAUCACAUCACUGAUAUCACAGCGCCGGUGCUGUUCGUCAUCGGACAGAUGUCCGCGCGGUCAAGCCAAGAAGAAAUCGAGCUGCUCCGUGAAAGGAUGAUCGCACAAACGUCGCUGGUGGUGGUCGGUUCCGCCGACGAUUGCUUGCGAGUGUGCAAAUCCAAGCGCAAAAUCGAAGGUGUUACCCAAUCGAUGGUGGACAACAUGGUAAUGGAUGAGGUGGCCGAAUUUGCCACCAAUUGCUUGCUGAAUCCGCCAAGACCCAAACAAACCAUCAAGGACCCCAACGGACAAAAAUCCAAUCUACUGCUGUCCAACAAUAGCAGUAAUCUGGCGGCCACCGGUGGACCACCGCCGAUUCCGGUGGGUGGAUCUGUCGUAACUCCCAGUCAUCAUCCACCUCCUCCGCCAUUGCCCGCCAGUUCGUACAACCGUAAACGUAAGAUGAGCCACUCUGCCGAUGGGAUCGAUCCGUCGAAAGCAGCGCGACCUAACAAACAGCCGCCAGUGCCGGCUGUCCAGAGGAAGAACACCAAAACCCAGAAACAAUCACGGGCAGAGAAGAUGCUGCUGCAACAGAAUCAACAGGCACUGGAUGCAGCCAUUCAAAGCAUUCUCCCAUCAACGGAUAAGCCAUCCCCUGUGCCCAUAGUGAGUAAACCACCACCUCAGAUGACAAACUAUCAGAUCACCGGUGGUAACAACUUGGAAAUUCGAAACACGUCUGGUUCGCAACUGGUGUCCGGAGUGGGCAGUUCUCCCAUUGUACUGCCCAUGAUAAAACGUGACACGCCAAGCCAGUCGCAGCACUCGAUUCAUCAAUCUACAACUCCAUCUCCAUCGACACCAUCUACUCCGGACAUUAAAGUGAUUCCAGCAAAUCAGUUUAUCCAACUGAAACCUUCCGGGUCGACGCAAAAGUUCGUGACGCUGAAGUCGUCGCCAAAGCCGGUCGUGUCAGUGAUUCCAAAGCAACCCAUUACGUCGACUCCAAGUCCUUUGGCGAAGCAAACGACGAUUCAAUCACCGAUGAUGUCCCAGCAUCAACAGUCCUUCAGUCCAACCAAAUUCACCAUUGUUCGCACCUCCACCGGACUUUCGGUUCCUUCUACAUCCACAUCCCCCAUAAAAACCAUCAAAUCACCAACUACACCGGAUCUAUCGAACACGAGUAUCUUCGAUAUGCCGAUCGUGUUUGCCGAUAAUGAUGGAAACAUUCCGGAGGGUUCACCGCAAAAAUCCUUCGACACUAGCUCUAAACCUCCGCCCAACAUCAUCACUAUCGGCCCGGCUGUUACUAAUCAUCCCAUCAUGAAAACGGAACAACCCAUGAAUCGCAUCAUCACCCUUCAGCCUUCCCUAAAACCGAACAAGGUUGUCGUCAUCAACAAGAGCAACAUGAAACAAGUCCCACCCAGCGUCCUGUCCUCAGUAACUCUCAACAAAUCCACCUCCAUCACUCCAACCGGGGUCAAGUACGCCAAAGUGGUCAUCUCCAACCCCCUGAACAAAGGCGCCACAUCCACCGUGACCUCCACCCCAUCCAUCAUCCCAAAGAACCUCACACAAGUCCUGUCCAAUCAGAAAAUUGAAAUCCUCAACAACACCAUCGUCAAGCAGGCCUCCACCUCCACUUCCAUCCCUCAGCAACAAAAGUUCCAACCCGUCAUCAUCAACGUGGACCCCAGCAAAACCACGACCAUGAAGAACUUUGUACGCGUCGGCGAAACUCAGAUCCGCCCAAUUUCCAGUACAUCCAACAUAACCAUCCCAUCCAAAGUGGCAUCCUCUGCGGCGACCGUCGUGGCCCCGAGCGGCUCCGGGCAAGUUUCCCAACUGGCACCCGGUAUCCCCGGAACAAACACCAUUCUGAUCAAAACCAAUUCUCUAACGCAUCUGGCCAGCCGGAAGCCCACCAUUCUGAACCGGAACAUCACGGUUCGCAAGCUGAACAUUAUGCCUCAAUCGCAGGGGCAGAUCGGUGGCACCAGUUCCGCUGUUAUAAUGACUUCUGCGCCACCCAAGAUGACGAUUUCUGGCGUGCCACAGUUACAACAACAGCAGCAGCAGCCAAAGGCGCCGUGAAGGAAUGUGAGCAAAAAUGGAGCCUACGUAUGUUUUAACUAUAUGAAGUUCAUCGAUAUCUUUCGAGAAUAAAACACCUAGGAAUAGCUAGUUGGUAAGUACACAAACAAA